AUGGCUGCUCCCCGUCUCUUCCGUCCGGCAGCUCGCCUGAUCUCUUCGCGCCUUUCCUCGACUCCUCUCCGCCCUGCGUUCCAGAAGACUGCCUGCGCACCUUCGAUCUUGCGCUCGCGGGGUUAUGCUACCGAGACUGGUGGUACCAAGGAGGUCACUGUUCGUGAUGCAUUGAACGAAGCUCUCGCCGAAGAAUUGGAGAGCAACCCCAAGACUUACAUCUUGGGUGAAGAAGUUGCGCAGUACAAUGGAGCUUACAAAGUAACACGAGGUCUGUUGGACCGCUUCGGUCCUAAGCGGGUUAUCGACACUCCCAUCACGGAAGCUGGAUUCUGUGGUCUGGCAGUUGGCUCUGCUCUGGCCGGCCUGCACCCCAUUUGCGAGUUUAUGACCUUCAACUUUGCCAUGCAGGCCAUUGACCAGAUUAUCAACUCUGCCGCAAAGACACACUACAUGUCUGGUGGUAUCCAGCCUUGCAACAUCACCUUCCGUGGUCCCAACGGUUUCGCUGCCGGUGUUGCUGCUCAGCACUCGCAAGAUUACUCCGCCUGGUACGGUAGCAUUCCGGGUCUGAAGGUUGUUUCGCCAUGGAGCUCGGAGGAUGCCAAGGGCCUCUUGAAGGCCGCCAUCCGUGACCCCAACCCGGUCUGUGUUCUAGAGAACGAGCUUAUGUACGGCCAGGCCUUCCCCAUGAGUGAGGCGGCCCAGAAGGACGACUUUGUUCUUCCCAUUGGCAAGGCCAAGAUUGAGCGUCCUGGAAAGGAUCUUACCGUUGUCUCCGUUUCCCGUUGUGUUGGUCAGUCGCUCAACGCUGCGGCUGAGCUGAAGCAGAAGUACGGUGUUGAAGCUGAGGUUGUCAACCUCCGCUCCAUCAAGCCCCUUGACGUGGAGACUGUUAUCCAGUCCCUGAAGAAGACUGGCCGCCUCAUGGUGGUUGAGUCUGGAUUCCCCAUGUUCGGUGUUUCUUCCGAAAUCCUGGCCCUCGCCAUGGAGUACGGCUUUGACUACCUGACCGCCCCGGCUCUCCGUGUCACUGGUGCUGAGGUCCCUACUCCCUACGCUGUUGGUCUUGAGAACAUGGCCUUCCCUCAGGAGGACACCAUCGUUGGCCAGGCCGCCAAGCUUCUGCGUCUGUAA